UACGGGACAACUGAAAUGGCGGAGGCCAAUGGUCUUCCUGCACUUGACUUGAAGGAAAUUCUUCCCAAGACCGGUCUUGUAUAUAACGACCCAACUACUCCGUUGGUUCUCUGCAAGCCUAAACUGAUGCCUAUGAAAUCAGUCACUCUAGAGAAGUUGGAGAAAAUGCAAAAAGAGGCUCAGGAAACGGUGAAGUUGCAGGAAUUUGAGGAGGAGAAGAAGAGGGCUUUGUCCAUUGUCACACAAGAAGGAGAGUUUGAUUAGGGAGAGCGACAACUUUAGUUAGAUCUACAUCUAACAUUUCUGUAGUUAGUGAUAUACUCAGUAUUUCAAUAUAAAGAUAUAUAUUUCUGCAAGAAAA